AUGACGGCCCAGAUGAGGAUGACAACACCGAAGAGGCCAAGCAUCGAGAACGCAGGCAUUCUUUUGUCCCCUGCCGGGCCGCAAGCUUGUCACAUCAAGCAUAGCCGGGUGCCUGGGUCUUUGUUGGACAUUGUGGCCUCCGGCCGAAACUACUGGGGCACGCCCAGGACUGUGGUUGAUGCAGCUACCGAAGCCGAUGAGAGACCACCUGCGCAUUGCGUCGUCUUCGCAACUGCUAUGUCCGACAACUGCGCCACGCAAAUGUGCUUGGAGUUGAUGGAUUUGGUCGGCGCUAUGGCCAAGGGCGACAUCCCGAAAAUUCCGAUCGUAGUGAACACCCGCGGUGUCUUCGGACGACUCUGCGGUGACAUGAACUCCGGAUCCAUGACCAGCGUCGCGGCAGUUACAAUUUGGGGCUUGAUCCGCACGGCCCGCCUGGAGAUGCCAAAGGUGCCUGUCAUGCUGCUGGACUUUCAGCCGGGAAUGACCACUGCACAGAUCCCCAGGCAGUUGAAGCCACCGGUUGGAGUGGCGGAGACGGCCUACUAUAACAAGAGCCGAUGGGAGCCGCAGAUGGCUGCGGUUCCCUCGCUACUUCGGCGAGACUUGAAAAGGGAUAAUCUCAGCGGUGGAGGCGCUAUUGUCAGCGAGGAAAGGAAAGCAAAGGCCGAGGCCAACACAAAGUUCGCGCGCAAGGCUUUCACAUGGACUGGUCCGAGCAACAAGAUGGAUUACUGCUGGUAUCGUCAGGAACCGACACGGCUGGAUGCUGUGAGAGACCUGCUGCGACAGAAGGCAAAUCCAAACUUGCAGGGCGCUGCCAAAGAGCUAUCGCCCUUGCGGCUGGGUCUUAAGCAUGGUGACCCUGAGCUUUGCCGGCUGCUUCUGCUUCACCAGGCGGAUCCAGCACCAGCACUGAACGAUGCAAGGCAGACGUCGGAGCCCGCGGAACUGGAACCUGCGGAGGUGAUCCUCAAGUGGGCCCUGGCCUCGUGCCGCGCGGCAGAUGAUGAUGAUGCUUCUGUCCUUCAAGUGAUGGAGGACGCAGCUGCUGAUGCGGCAAAGUGUCAUGACUUUCACUCGCUGGGCCUUGCCCUGGCAUCCUUGGAGGUUGCAGGCGGCGACGGGGAAGCUUGCGCAGCUCGCCCAGGACGUCGAUUGCUGGACCUAUGCGCAAGCAAUGCAGGCUUAGCUUCUUUGCGUGGAGAUCGUGGGCAAGCGGCCGCUCGCGCAACGACGCGAGUCCUGAUCGGCUGGGGUGCCGAACUCCAGCCGUCAGAAGGAGAAACGCCUUUGCAGCUGGCUCUUCGAAGUGCAAGGGCUGCAGAUGCAAUUCCACGGUCAGAGCCGGCAAGAACUCUUUUGGAGGAAGGGGCAGAUGUUGAGCAGCCUCAUCCUGAAACCGGGGAGACACUGCUCAUGGAGGCGGCCCGGGAGGGAGACUUCGUGGCCUGUGAGUUGCUGCUGGAGUUUCGGGCAGAUCCUUUGAGAAGACGGCGGGAUGAUAAAACGGCCAUCACGCUGGCGUCUCGCGAUGAUGUUCCUCGGCAGGUGCUGCUCACGCUGCGAAGUGCUCUUACACGAGCUUUGGUGGAAGAGUCUUUUGAGUGUGAAGAUCAGCUUCCAGCUGUUGCAGGUCCAGCUGCUGCGAAGAGGCGAUCAGCCUCAGGAGCCUUUUCCAAAAUGGCUGCGACAGAAAGCACGGCAGAUACGGCGGAAACAGUAACAAGGAGGCGAUCCACACCUGGAGCCUUCUCGAAGCAGUCAGCGGAGGACCGCACUACGACGCCCAUAUCUGAUCAGGCCAAAAGUUUGUCAUUCGGCGAAAGCGAAAGUGAGACACGACUCGACGAGACAGACGAAGCACCUUCUCGGGCUCCAUGCUUUUCGAUGAGUGAGGUUGACCAGGAGAUGUUCAACAGCGCAGAAGGCCUGCUGAAUCAGGUUGACCUGGAAGAGGCAUACGACGAUGACUGGACGGUGCACAAUUUUCCUCCCCGCUUUUCCCCGCCAAGCAGCGAUGCUGGGGAGCGGAUGGACAUGCGAAGUGAGGUUCACGGCGCAGCUGAUGGUUACCCGAUGGAGUCAAACUGGCCUGAACAAAAGGGCCAGAUGCUGCAAGUUGUUGGCUGA